AUGACCAUCCUCAUACACAUCCUUACGUCUACUCCCAUGACCAGCGCUGGUGUCUUCAUGGCACUCACUCUCACUAUUUACUCUAUUUACCAACGAUACCUACACCCCCUUGCCAAAUACCCCGGUCCAUUCCUAGCAUGCCUGACCGACCUCUGGCAGGUUUACCAAUUUCUGACCCUCAAGCAACCAUACAACUUAACAGAGCUCCAUGCCAAGUAUGGACCAAUUGUCCGGUACGGACCAGACAAACUCAGCAUAACCAACGAAGGGGCUAUCCAAGCAAUUUAUCAGAAAGGUGGAAGAGGAAUGCCAAAGACGGAAUUCUAUGAUGCAUACGGCGCAGCUCAUCCGAAUGUAUUCGGUAUGCGAAAUGAAGAACAACACUCCAUCCGCAGACGCCACAUGUCUCACGGGUUCUCGAUGAGCUAUGUGAAAGAGAUGGAACAAUACUUGGACAUUAAUAUUCAAAUCUUGAGAGACAAGAUCAGAGAGCAUAGUGCUCAAAAUAAGACGUUCGACCUGAAAAAGGCCCUGCAUUAUUACGUGAUCGACGUCCUUGGUGAGCUGGCCUUUAGUCAAUCAUUCGGGGUCCAGGAGACGGAUGAUGAGACACGAGUCCCGCCAGUCAUCGAACAUAGUCUGCUUGCCGCUGUCACUGGUGCCUGGCCUGCUAUGACAGCAACACUGAAGAAAUAUCUUCCACUUGUUCCAUACAAGCCCCUUCAACAGCUCUUUGCUGGCCGCAAAGCUUGUGCGGAUCUCGCGUCAGUGUGUGUUCAACGUAGGUUGGCGGAUUUUGGUGGAGAUAGGAUGUCCAAAAGCGACGAUAGGAAGGACGUCCUAACAAAUCUGAUUUUGGCUAAGCAUCCUGAUACUGGUGAGCAUCUUACACAGACGGAUCUUGAGACUGAGGCUUUUGGGUUAAUUAUUGCGGGGACACAUACUACAAGUGCCACGACAACUCUGUUGUUUUACCAUCUGCUUCAUAACCCCCAGUAUAUGGAGGAGUGCGUAAAGGAGAUCGAGGCCAAUCUGCCUCCUCUUACACACGGAAAGACAGCCUAUUCUGUAUCCGCUGCAGAGGCCGCCCUACCGUUCUUGCGCAACUGCAUAAGGGAGAAUUUCCGGAUUACGCCGGUCUUCACGAUGCCUCUAGCUCGGAGAGUGAUGAAUUCAACGGGUGUUGUAAUAGAAGGACAGCAUAUACCACAAGGGACAUCAAUCGCUGUCUGCAACCAUGCAUUCCAUCACAAUCCUGACGUCUGGGGUGACGAUCACAACAUCUUCAAUCCUUUCCGAUGGGAGAACCCUGAGAUUGCUGCCAAGGUACGGCUGCUAAUGCAUUUUGGCCUUGGUGGACGUCAAUGCAUUGGGAAGACUAUUGCGAUGACGAAUAUUUAUAAACUGAUGAGCACAUUGUUGAGGGAGUUUGCUUUUGAACUUGCUGACAAGCAGGUUCAGGAGAAGCGCCAAUCUAGCGGGGACAUUCCGGAGUUGAUUAGUGUUGGAAUUAGCGAUCUAAAGGAGCCCUUGAUGGGGGUCAUAAUGUCCUUAACUCGGGUGUAUUCCUCAACUGAUCCAUUAAAACGGCAUAGCAAGAUGGAAAAGCCCGGCGUUCAGCAUGUUGAGAAUGAUGAUGGUGAUGAGAACCUCGCCGUCAAAAGAAGCAAUGACCCUGAUUUAGAGGCAUUCAAUGCGUCUCCUGGUGGCUCAGAUGCUUUGACGGAAGAUCAUCGCCAAUAUUUGAUUCAGAGAUAUGGAACGGUAGAACUGGAUCCUAUCCCGGACAUGACUGACGCUGAUCCCUAUAAUUGGCCGACAUGGAAGAAAGUCAUCAACUUAGCUCUAGUUGCGUUCCACGCUAUGAUGGCAACUUUUUCGGCGUCUUCAAUCCAAUCCGCCUUCGUUGAGAUAGCAGAGGACCUUGGUGUCAGCGUACAAAGAGCAAGCUACUUGACUUCCCUAGUCAUUGCCAUUCUCGGGGGUGCGCCUCUUUUCUGGAUGCCAUUGUCCAACCGCUAUGGUCGACGUCCCAUAUUCCUGCUUUCGCUGCUCUGCAGUCUGGUUGCUAAUGUGGGCUGCGCCAAAAGUCCGUCAUAUGCGACUAUGGGAUUUUGCCGGGCCCUUGUUGCCUUUUUUAUAAGUCCUGCCGCUGCUAUUGGUAGUGCUGUCGUCGCCGAGACUUUUUUCAAGAAAGACCGCGCAAGAUGUAUGGGCGUGUGGGCCGUCAUGGUAACUUUGGGUGUGCCGCUUGCACCUCUGCUUUUUGGGUUCGUUACUAGUCGUGUGGGAUACCGGUGGAUCUACUGGAUAUUGGCUAUCACCAACGGCGUUCAAUUCGUCACAUACCUGAACUUCGGCCAAGAAACUCUCUACAUCCGUGGUAGCCCUGCUCGUCACGUCAGUAAUCCAACCCUUCGCCAACGAUUCCUUGAUGUGAAGCGUAUUGAUCCGACGCCCUUGGAAAUAUGGGACUUUUUACGCCCCAUCCGCAUGGCAACACGGCCCUGUGUAAUGAUUCCAGCCGCCGCUUAUGCGAUGAUAUUCCUCCUCGGUGGUAUCCUCCCAUCAAUUGAGAUGCCGCAACUCUUCCCCGAGAUGUUCGGACUUGACUCGGAGCAGGUGGGCCUGCAGUUUAUUGCGAUGAUUAUCGGUUCUCUGCUUGGCGAUCAGGUCGGAGGAUUCUUAUCCGACCGUUGGAUGCUGUACGGGCGGAAGAAAACGCAGCGGGCCGUUGCACCGGAAUUCAGACUCUGGAUAAGCUAUCCGGGUAUUGUUCUGACGAUAGUUGGCAUUGUUAUCUUCCUUGUCCAGCUAGAUCAUGCUUCAUCGAAGUGGAAUAUCACUCCGUUGGUUGGGGUCACCAUUGGGUCUAUUGGAAACCAAAUCGUCACUACCGUCAGCUUCACGUAUGCCGUGGAUUGUUAUCGAUCAGAAGCAGCAAGCGUUGGUGUUUUUAUCACGUUGGUGCGACAGACGUGGGGAUUCAUAGGACCCUUCUGGUAA